UCAGAUGAGAAUUGUCCACCUACUCGCAGCUCGCUAAAGAAAUUGGUGGAAAAAGGAUGCUGGGUUGUUGCAGAAGUCCAAACAAACAAGGACAGACAACUGCUUGAAUAUUUGGUUUAUUUGGCAAUGGAAGCUGGUUACAUGGAGAAGGUCGAUGAACUUUGUGAGCGUUACUCGCUUGAAGGUUUUUUGAAUGCCAAAAUACCUGAGGCAAGUCUUCUGCAUAGUCGCUACCUGAAUCUUGAUGAAUUGGCUGUCGAAGACAUAAUUUGGAUUGAUGGGAUUAAUUCUCUCCGCAAUGCAACAUGCCACAUUGAAGGAUGUAAAGUUGUGGGCCUUGAUUGUGAGUGGAAACCAAAUUACAUAAAAGGCAGCAAACCCAACAAGGUUUCUAUCAUGCAAAUCGCUUCUGAUAAAAUGGUUUUCAUCUUAGACCUCAUAAAGUUGUUUGAAGAUGUGCCUGACAUUCUGGACAACUGUCUAACUCGCAUUUUGCAGUCCCCUAGGAUUUUAAAACUUGGUUACAAUUUUCAGUGUGAUAUAAAGCAGCUGGCUCAUUCCUAUGAAGAUUUAGGGUGUUUCAAGCACUAUGAAAUGUUACUGGACAUUCAGAAUGUCUUUAAGGAGCCUCGUGGGGGUCUCUCUGGGCUUGCAAAGAAAAUACUAGGGGCUGGAUUGAACAAGACAAGACGAAACAGUAACUGGGAACAACGUCCGUUGACUCGGAAUCAGCUGGAAUAUGCUGCUCUUGAUGCUGCUGUGCUUAUUCCCAUAUUUUGUCAUGUUCGUAAUCGUUCUCAGACUGACGAUGUCGAGGGACAUGAAAAAAUCGAGUGGAAGUCCUACAUUGUUUCACAUAUGGAUAACCCCAAGAAGCCCAAAAAGCAAAGUGGAAGAGAUCAGAAAUUAGAAGCUGAUAGAAAGUUGCACUGAUGAUCCAGUUGGUAGCAUAGUAAUUAGUAUACUCCGCUGUAAAUAUAUCUUUUUAUUGGACGGUGAUGAACAAUGAUAUUUAUGUGAAUAUUUUUCACUCACUAGGAGCAAUGGAAAUGACUGGCCUGCUG